UCGCGGGAGAGCAGCUAGCAGCGGACUGUCAACUGUCAACACGGACUUUAACUUCUACUAACUUUAUAACACAAUGAGUUUGUGGGUGGACAAGUAUCGUCCGACCUCCCUCGGGAAACUGGACUUUCAUAAAGAACAAGCGGCUCAGCUGAAAAACCUGGUUCAGUGUGGCGACUUCCCCCACUUGCUGGUGUACGGUCCGUCAGGCGCAGGGAAGAAGACCCGCAUCAUGUGUCUGCUGAGGGAGCUGUAUGGAGCAGGAGUGGAGAAGCUUCGCAUAGAGCACCAGAGCAUUGUGGCUCCCUCAAAGAAGAAAAUUGAGAUCAACACAAUAGCCAGCAACUAUCACUUGGAAGUCAACCCAAGUGACGCAGGAAACCAGGACCGUGUGGUAAUUCAAGAGCUGAUUAAAACCGUGGCUCAGUCCCAGCAAAUCCAGUCAAGCACCCAGAGAGAGUUCAAAGUGGUGCUGCUAACAGAGGUGGACAGACUCACGAAGGAUGCCCAGCAUGCUUUGCGUCGUACAAUGGAAAAGUACAUGGCCACAUGUCGUCUCAUCCUCUACUCUACCUCCACCUCCAAAGUCAUUGGACCCAUUCGGAGCCGUUGUCUGGCUAUCAGAGUUCCUCUGCCGAGCACAGAAGAGGUCUGUAGUGUUCUCACAUCUGUCUGUAAAAAGGAGGGCCUGCUCCUCCCACCUGAGCUGGCCAAACAAAUCAGUGAGAAGUCUGGUCGCAACCUCCGCAAAGCCCUUCUGAUGUGCGAGGCCUGCAGAGUGCAGCAGUAUCCAUUCUCAGUGGAUCAAGACGUCCCAGAGACAGACUGGGAGGUCUACCUCAGAGAAACGGCUAAUGCCAUCGUCAGCCUGCAGACUCCUCAGAGGUUGAUGGAAGUCCGAGGCAGACUGUAUGAGCUGCUGACUCACUGCAUCCCUCCUGAGAUUAUCAUGAAGGGCUUGGUAAAAGAACUGCUGAGUAACUGCGAUGGCCACCUGAAGACGGAGGUGUCCCACAUGGCAGCCUACUAUGAACACAGACUACAGCUGGGCAACAAAGCUAUCUUCCACCUAGAGGCUUUCGUCGCAAAGUUCAUGGCUAUCUACAAGAAGUUCAUGGAAGACGGCCUGGAUGCUAUGAUGUUUUGACUUUGAAUGGACUAAAGUACCUAUCCUUUAUUUGACGGGAGUUCAACAGCACUCAUUUAUGUCAUAAUAGCUCUCUUUUUGCUCCGGCAUGACUUUCAGUGGACUUGAGACAGAUUUACAUGUGUGUUCUGUCAGGCAUUGUGGUGACACUCAGAAUGAGUCUCACAGUGAUUGUCGCUCAGAACCUCAGCACUGUACACGUAUUGUAAACUUGGAACUGUUGCUCUAGUAGUGUAACAUAUAAGAAAAAUUCUGUAGAACACCAGAUAGAGGCAAUGGCACAUGGUGAUUUGUAUUAAAAUAUGCUGCAAGAUUUAGAGACGUUCUCCAAAAAAAAAAAAAAAAUCUACAUAAGAACAUUACAAUAAAUGACUUUGUUUACAGCAUA